AUGUCAAUCGAGACGCAAGAGCAUUUUCUUCUUUCUUGUCCUUUGAAAUCUGCGGUGUGGUUAGGCAUUUGGUUAGAAUUUUUCGGCACCGUCCCACCACCUUCUGCACUUUCCUCGGCAUUCACAUCCUUUCUCUUCCCUCCUACGCUGAACCCCAGUAUGACAGCCGCCUCGGUUUUCGGACUGACCAUCCUUGCUAUCUGGGACCACCAUUGGGCACUCCACUUUAAUUCUGCUCCUUUUUUACCUUCCUUGGUUCUUGCCACUGCUAGGAAAUCAAUCUCCCGUCUCUGCUCAGAGCUCGAGCUUGACUCCGCUGACUCUUCCCUCGCAUAA